UAAGAAUUUGAGAGAUUUAAACAGUGCGUUUUGCAAGGGGCGUGUUCUUUUCAACUUUACAAACCGUUUGCUAGUCAUGCGCUUCUUCUAUUUCUUCCUCAAUGAGACCUGUUGCAGCCGAGUUAGCAACUCGGAUAAGCCAAGCUCUGAUCUCCGCGUCAAAUAACACAAUCCCAACUCGGUCAUGGACGCCAUCACUCGAACCAAUUCUACACAAAUUCGGUUGCCGAGGCUCAUUGAGUCCAUCACUGGUGGCCCAAGUAAUCGACCCGUGCCUUUUGACUCACCAUUCUCUCGCUCUCGGUUUCUUCAAUUGGGCCUCACAGCAACCUGGAUUUGCUCACACAUCGAUCACCUACCAAUCAAUCCUCAAAUCUCUCUCCCUUUCUCGUCAAUUCAAUUCCAUCGAGUCUGUCUUAAAACAAGCUAAAGCCCAGAAAUUGUCUCUCGAUUCUUCAACUCAUCGCUUUGUUAUUAAUUCUUUAAUCAAAGGGAAGAAGAUCCAGAAUGCUUUUUUAGUUUUUGGGGAGGUUAAAUCUCAAAUUUUAGAUAUUGGGUCUCAGACGUGUAACUUGCUUUUAGCUAAUCUGGCUUCUAAUGGGUGUUUUGAUAAUGCGUUAAAGGUGUUUGAUGAAAUGUCUAUGCGUGGUGUUGCUUUUAGCACUGUUGGGUUAGGCGUGUUUAUAUGGAGGUUUUGUAGGGAGGCUGAUUUGGGUAAAGUUAUGAGUAUGUUAGAUCAAGUUAAAAGGGGCAGUUCGAUCAUUAAUGGGUCUAUUAUUGCAGUUUUGAUUGUUCAUGGGCUUUGUCAGGCUUCCAGGGUAAGUGAGGCUUUGUGGGUAUUGAAUGAAUUGAGGAUUAGAGACUGUAAACCAGAUUUUAUGGCAUAUAGAGUCGUGGCUGAAGCUUUUAGAUUACAAGGGAGUACGGCUGAUGUGAAUAAGAUUUUGAAGAUGAAGAGAAAGCUAGGGGUGGCACCAAGGAGUAAUGAUUAUAAAGAAUUCAUUUUGAGUUUGAUUAUGGAGAGAUUGACAUAUGAAGCUAAAGAAUUAGGUGAAAUCAUUGUGCAUGGUAAUUUCCCUAUUGAAGUUGAUGUGUUGAAUGCAUUGAUAGGGUCAGUUUCAAGUAUUGAUCCUUGUUCUGCUAUGUCGUUUUUCCAUUUCACUAUUGGAAAAGGGAUUUUACCUACUCUUUUAACUUUGAGCAACUUGAGCAGAAAUUUAUUUAGGCAAGGAAAGAUUGAUGAAAUACUAGAGGUGUACCGUGUCUUGUGUUCAAAUGAUUAUUUCUCCAAUACAGAGUGCUAUAAUGUUAUAUUCUCAAUCUCUUGCAAGGCUGGGAGAGUAAGAGAGGCUUAUGGGAUUCUUCAGGAGAUGAAGAAGAAAGGGUUCUACCCAGACAUUUCAAUGUAUAAUUCUUUAAUUGAAGCAUGUUGUAGAGAAGACUUGUUGCGUCCAGCUAAGAAGCUCUGGGAUGAGAUGUUUGUAAUUGGAUGUGGAGUGAAUAUAAAGACAUACAAUAUUCUUAUUGCAAAAUUCUGUGAAAUAGCUGAAGUUGAAGAGGCUUUGAGGCUCUUUAAACACCUGUUGGAGAAAGGGAUGGCACCUGAUUCUACGACUUACACAUCCCUCAUCAAAGGGCUUUGCCAAGAAACUAUGUUUGAUGCUGCUAUUGAAAUAUUCAAUAAAUCAAUUAAACAGGAUUUAAAGUUGGCACAGAGUACCUUAAGCACAUUCAUUUUAAAUCUGUGCAAAAAAGGUCAAUUUCUUUUGGCUUCUCAGUUGCUGUGCAGCCUCCCUGAUGGCGUAGGAAAUUCAGACUCCCACGUUGUUUUGCUGAAAUGUUUGGCAGAUGCUGAUGAGGUUCCACUUGCUAUUGAACAUGUGAAACAAGUUCGUGGUUUGUCACCUUCAAUGUUGCAAGUUAUAUAUACUGAGCUUUUGGCCUUGCUUUCUUCUUCUUCCAAACCAGAAACUAUCUCAUGCUUGCUUCAAUCACUGUGUGAACUAGAAUUGUAAUUGACAAUGCUGCUUCUGAGGAUGUCGUUAUUCGGGUUGAUAGCGUCAACAAGCAUGGUAUACUUCUUGAAGUUGUACAAGUGCUUACUGUCAUGAAUCUUGUAAUAACAAAAGCAUACAUAUCGUAGAUGGGGGGAUGGUUCAUGGAUGUUGAUUUAAUCUUUCACAUUAUGAAUAGGACAUGAUUUUGGAGGAGUCUUUGCUUGUUUCUCAUUUUUUUCCUCUCAGUAUUUCUCAAUGUUUAAUGUUCCUAACCAAGAUGGUAACAAAAUCAGAGACGAGGAAGUCAUCAGUUAUAUGCAAAGAGUAAGGAUUUUCCUACUGUUGUUGCUUGUCAUGUUUUUCAAUUGAUGGUUUGAUUUCUGAGAUGAGAGUAAAAGUAAUAGAACACAGAUUUAGGCUUCUUUUCUUUUCUCUUCGCCACACUUUCACAGCAAAAGAUACCAAGGAUAUGUCAUUUAACAACGCCAAUAAUAGUAAGCUAAAUCCUUGGAUGGCUUAGAUUUUUAAGGCAAGUUAAAUUUCCAUGUUUUGGUCUAGAACUGACAGCCUUCAUUAAUUUCCCUUGUAUUAGAAAGUUUCCUUUAUAUUUUUGAACGCUUGGAUAAGCCUAAAAAGUCAUUCUUUACUGUUUUUAUAAUGUUUCCCUUUUCUUUUCAAAUUUCAAGUAAUCAUCAUCUAAAAAAAAUGCAAAUUUCAUUUACAGCACACCUAGAAUCCUCCUCGAGUCAUCUAUUGCAAUGGUCUAUUUUCUCAUGCAUUUACAAUGUCAGAAAGGUUUAUCGUUUGAUCCAUUUUUUUCCUGUUAAUUUUGGAUCCUGCAGAGACUUGAAAGCAAUGCAUGCUUUGCUCCCUCAUUGAGGGGGUCCGUUGGGGUGACGCCAUCUGAAGAACGUACCACAAUAGAAAUUACCUGUACUGCCAGGCCGGUAUUAUUACUUGAAGUAUGUGCAGUUUUGACAGACCUUCACUGCACUGUGUUAAAUGCCAGGGCUGCAGCUGUAGUUACUUAAGUUUGUCCUAAAGGUGAAUUUCUUAUCUGCUAAUCAUAAAAGUUCCCUGACAACUAAUCAAUAUCUGCAUGUGGUUGUUAUUUAGGAUGAUGCUUUCAGAAAAGCAAUUUCGAUCUCAGACACUUGAUUUAGAAGAUUCAGUCACAGUUGGCACUCUGUAUUGACAUAUGAUACUUGGUCAUUAUAUGGAUUUGAGCUAGAAUUAUGCACUGAAGAUCAUCGUAUUGGACUCCCACCAUACAUUUACCUGGAUAUUCAGAGAAAACAGUUUAUGUAUCAAGAGAGCAGAAAUCUGAACGAAAGGCGAUAAAGUCAAAGAUACAUUUUAUGUGACAGACAUUACCGGUAGUCCAGUUGACCCGAAGAUUAUCGACUCAUUUGUCAACAGAUUUAUGCAGAAAUCUGUUAAGCUUAUCGUUUUGUUCCAGCGGUUUCUCAAAUAUGUUACAGUAGAACUAAUGCGAGAUGAAAGUUGUUAGUUAUGCCUUGUAUUAUUACAAAUAAGUGGUAUGAGAGUCAAGCUUACUCACUUGUUUAGAUGGAGUGAUUUUAUUGAAAAAAAAAAAAUUUUGGAUGGCAAAUAAGGCGGAAUGCAACUUUUCCUCCAGGAAGUAAAAUUGAAGUAUUUAUAAUUUGACUCAAUGCCUAUUUUCUAUUAUUUUA